UCAUGCUUCGUAUCAAAAUUGUUAUUUGGGGCACAUUCGCCGAUUGACAGUUCAUCAGCUGUACAAAAAAAAGACCAAAACAAAACAGCUGAGAUACGUUAUCGGUUCCGAUUUAUGAUUUUCCUUCACACAGCACCAUCCAGAUAGUGUAGACCGUGUUGGGAGUGCAUCGAAAAUGUUCCGUCGAUCGUUGACCGUUUCCUACUCGCCGUUCCGAAACAAUUAUGUCACGCUACCGGAUAGCUACUAUCGGAUGCUUUCAAGCUACAAAAACGGGUGUCUCUGCUUGACGCAUCGCAUCGACACGUUCUACGUUUCGUGGGCACCGUAUGGGGGUGGAGGUUUGCCAGAGAACCACAUUGGCAUAAACGCGCAGGUAGCCAAAUCGAUGGGCCUGAAGGAGGGCGAUGCCGUGAUGGUCGCGAUGAUCAUAGACGUACGGUCGUUAAAACGGGUAGAGGUGAGCGCAGUAAGCGAAAAGGAUUGGGAAAUGUUGCAAAUCAGCAGCAGUCGCAUCCAAUCAAUUUUGCUCGAUCAAACAAGGAUCGUAACAAAGGGACAGAAUUUAAUCGUAUGGAUAAAUGAUUCCAUAAGCAUUAAAAUACGAAUAAAAUUUACGAUGCCAGCCCUACCAUUUGGUAGGCUAGAAAAUGAUACCGAGCUAGUGGUAGAGCCGUUCAAAAAGCUUCCCGGGCUUAACAACACGAUGCCGGAAAUUCCCAAACUGACCCGCAGUAGUACCAACCUUAACAUCGCAGAACUCGUACGCCAGCGCAACAUGGAGCGUAAAAAAUCAAGCGAAUAUAUAAGCGCACUAGAAAACGGAUUGUCUUCGUGUACGAUUGCAGCCACGCCUUCGCUUGAUAGCGGAAUAGCGUCCACCGUAGAUAGCUUAAAAAAGCGACCCAUGUCGUGGCAGAAACCAUUGGAAGGAAAAAAGGAAAAUGGGAUUAUUACAGCAGCCAACAGCCCAAAGAACGCUCUGCAGCGAUCGUCCACGAGCGGCAGUAACUCAUCGUCCGGUUCGAUAGCGGCAAUGAAUGCCCAAACGGCUGUACGGAAUUCUUCCUUCGAAAAGGAACUUGAACGUCAUCUGAACCAUUUGCAAACCAGCAAAUCGAUGGCAAACGUUAUGGGCUAUGACACAAUCACACCCAAAUCGGAAAGCCCUAUCGCCAGUCCGAAACGUGAGCCGUCCAAAACGGUCCACCUGGAUGGAUUGAUCGAAACGCUAGGCCAGAAUGUGGCAAAGGUGUACGAAUUCCGUGUCAUUCGUGGAAUGUGGAAUUGUCGACGCAGUACCACACAGCUUUGUGACAUACUAACGACUAAGGAAAACAUCCCCAGUACGAUGGACAUCAACAAACCGUGUCUGCUGACGACGAACGAUAAUCGAGAGUACUACGUAAAUGUACGGUUGGCAACGGACACGGACCGAUUUCCAAUGAAUGUCUAUCCCACGGUGGAGAUAAACGAUCGCCUGAUGGACCAGCUGGAAAUCAAUGAGGGGGAGAAAAUAACGCUCAAAUCCAUACACAACGCAUUGAACAUAGUGGAUCGUAUUGAGUUGCUUUCGGCGACGAAAGUGGCACCCGUGGUUGAGGAAGAUAUUGCGGAAAAGUUCAAACAGUUUGUGCUGCACAACUCCAAGAUACAUGCGCUACUGCUGAACCAAGAUCAACUAUUCAAACUGCCAGAAUACUACUUGACAAUCCGAUUGCAGCCACAAUCGCUAAAGUACUGUCUCAUUAACAGUACCAUACUGCGACGCAGCAAAAUAAGUUGUACCGGUGAGGUGAAACCGGUGGCCGGUUUAGCUGAGGUAGAUACAAAUAAGAAGAAACCUCUUGCAAUCAAAGAAUCGGCCGAACGCGCCAAGCUUGUGAAGAUAGAAAAAAUCGAACAAAUCAUAGAAGAGUGUACCGAUCGGUUAAAGUAUGCUCUGUGUUUAGAUACACGGAAUAAUGUACGGCAGCGGUGUAAUAUGUUUAUUGCAGGUUCCUCACAGAGUGGAAGGAAAACUGUGUGUGAAGACGUACUCAAACGAUUGGCAGAAGCCCCCUUCUACUGUUUCUCGACCACUUUCGACUGUGCCAAACACAAGGGACGAAAACCCGACUCGAUUCAGAAAGAUCUACGGCAUGCGCUCUACUUAUGUAUGUUCCAUAGUCCGGCUGUGCUUUUUAUGGAUGGGUUGGAUGUGCUAACGCAUCAAACAGGCGAUCAGAACACACCCGAUGCUGAAUAUCACAACAAAGUUUCGGAUGUUAUUCGUAAGCAAAUCGAAGAGUUUACCAGCAACAACCCGAUCGCGGUGAUCGCAUCGAUCAGCAGUUCGUCGAACCUAAAUCGUCGGUUACAUUCAUCCCGUGGCUACCAUCUGUUUCAGCUGCUCGUAAAGAUACCGAACCUCGAUAAGGUUGAUCGGGAGGGUGCACUGAAAGGUUUGUUCGUGCAUCGGCAGUGUAAGCUGGAUCGUCGUAUCGAUUGGAAGCGGCUUGCUAACCAAACGGAAGGCUACGCGAUCGGAAGCCUCGUGCAGCUAGUUGAUCGUGCAGUGUUUUACGCCUACAAACAGGACAGUAAAUUUCCUUUCGUCACGGAGGAAAUGGUUGCCAAUGCGGUGGAUGUAACCAAUCGUUACUGUUUGGUGGGGAUUGAAAAUCACAAACAAUCCAACCAGAUGGAUGAGGAUGACGCGGAUGAUGAUAUUGCAGGCGAUAAAAUACCGGGUCUGGAAGGUGCGAUUGAAGUGUUCCAGGAGGUGCUAAUGUGGCCGACAAGAUUUCCGAAAAUCUUCGAAGCUUCACCGCUUCGUAAUCAGGCGGGGAUACUACUUUUUGGUCCACCGGGUACGGGGAAAACGUAUCUUGUAUCAAAGCUGGCCAAAACUUGGAACCUGCGUAUGAUCUCCGUGAAAGGACCGGAACUGCUAGCGAAGUAUAUUGGGCAAAGCGAGGAAAAUGUGCGCAACUUGUUCGAUCGGGCAAGAAGUGCGAAACCUUGCGUGUUGUUUUUCGAUGAGUUUGAUAGCUUAGCACCACGCCGUGGACACGACUCGACUGGGGUUACGGAUCGCGUCGUUAAUCAACUGCUUACGGAGCUGGACGGGGUGGAAGGGCUGCAAGGUGUGACUGUGAUAGGUGCGACUUCCCGUCCGGAGCUACUCGAUCCGGCACUGUUACGCUCGGGGCGUAUCGAUCGUUUGGUUGAAUGUACUUUACCGGGUGUGACUGCUCGUUUGGAGAUUUUCAUCAAUCAUGGUAAAUCGCUUUCCCUCGACAAAGACGUCGAUCUUCGAGAGUUUGCCGUAAAAUCGGAGUACUAUACGGGUGCGGACAUAAGAAGCAUUUUAACUACGGCUAACAUGUUGGCUGUUCAGGAAUGUUUAAGCAUCAAUCCAGAGAAAGUGCCGGAGCAGAUAACGGUUAGCCAGCGGCAUCUAGUGGAAGCGUUUAGCAGCACGAGACCAUCGCUAACGGCAAGGGAUGUGGCAAAAUACAGGGAAACUUACGCACGGUUCACCAACAAAGAACCACCGUCACGCGAUUUUGUUGCCAAACGUGCUACAUUAGCAUAAACGCAUUAACUCUUUACUUUACAAAAGUACGGUUUUGAUGCGAAUGGUGGUGUUUUUUUUUAUAUUUAUAUGUUUAAAGGGAAAUGUGCUUUUCAUGGAUUAAUUUGAACAAUUUGUGCAUUUUGGUUGGUGUUUGAUGGGAAUGUUCCUUUUAUGCAGUAAUAAAUCUGUUGGCAUUUUGUUAAAAAAACACACACAACA